AUGGACAUCAAAUCCGUGUUGGUGGUCGACGGCGUCGGCGCAAACUGCACAGAAAUUCUUAAUUCUCACGGAAUCAAUGUUGUAAAUAAGGCGAAAAUCACCAAGGAUGAACUUCUUCAAGAAAUCCCGAAAUACGAUGCCUUAGUGGUCAGAUCUGCAUCACAAGUCACCAAGGAGGUUCUAGAAGCUGGCAAGAACCUGAAGGUUGUUGGUCGCGCUGGUGCAGGAGUGGACAACAUCGACGUCACCACCGCUGGACAGCGAGGAGUCGGUGUUAUCAAUGCUCCCGGAGCCAACGCCUUAAGUGCUUGCGAGCUGACUUGCAGUCUGAUCCUAAAUCUGUCAAGACAUGUAGUGCCGGCUGCUGCCGCCCUGCGCGCUGGUCGCUGGGACCGCGCCCUCUACACUGGCACUGAACUCAACGGCAAGACUCUCGCCAUCCUUGGACUCGGCAGAGUUGGCAGAGAAGUCGCCAUCCGCAUGCACUCCUUCGGCAUGAAGAUUAUAGGUUACGACCCGUUCGUGACGGCAGAACAGUGCGCCACAUUCCACGCCACAAAGAUGGAGUUGGAUGAGAUCUGGCCGCUUGCUGAUUACAUCACCCUGCACACGCCUCUUAUUGAAUCGACAAGAAAUUUCAUUAAUGCGAAGGUACUCGGUCAAUGCAAGAAAAAUAUAAAGAUCGUUAACGUUGGACGCGGUGGUCUUAUUGACGAGAGGGAUCUUCUUGAUGGGCUGAACUCUGGCCAUGUUGGAGGUGCAGCUCUCGACGUGUUUGAGCAGGAGCCUCCCACUGAUCCCCUAACCUUGGAGAUCAUACAGCACAAAGCCGUCAUAGCAACUCCUCACUUGGGAGCAUCCACAAAGGAGGCUCAAGUACGUGUGGGCCAGGAAAUUGCUGAGCAGCUGGUUAACCUGGUCAAACCUGGCACCUACAACACUCCACUGGCUGAAGUUACACGUGUCUUAAACAAGUAG